GCAGGAGAGGAGGAAAAGCAGAAUCAGCUGAACUACAGAAGGUACUCUCUCUCACACAAACUCUCACUCACUCUCCCUCAAAGAAAUGAAAAACAUUCUCCUGAAAUUCAUAUUUAACUAAGAGCAAAGUUAAACUGCUGAAAGAGGUGAAGCUGAAGCCAUCCUGCAGAAUCUCCAGAACACACAGACAUUGUUUGAUACAUUUAACAGACAAAUGAAGCCAAGUCUCGACAUGGAGAAACAUCAGCACUCUGUCAAGAGUUUUACUAAACAGAGUACUCUGAAAAUACACCAGCGCAUUCACACAGGAGAGAAACCGUAUCACUGCACAGACUGUGAGAAGAGUUUUAAUCGAAAGAGUACUCUCAAAAAUCACCAGCGCAUUCACACAGGAGAGAAACCAUAUUACUGCUCGGACUGUGGGAAGAGUUUUACUAAUCAGAGUAAACUCAAAAAUCACCAGCGCAUUCACACAGGAGAGAAACCGUAUCACUGCUCAGACUGUGGGUUGAGUUUUACUCAACAGAGUACUCUCAAAAAACACCAGCGCAUUCACACAGGAGAGAAACCAUAUUCCUGCUCAGACUGUAGGAGGAGUUUUUCUGAACAGGGUAAUCUCAAAAAACACCAGCGCAUUCACACAGGAGAGAAACCGUAUUACUGCUCAGACUGUGGGUUGAGUUUUACUCAACAGAGUACUCUCAAAAAACACCAGCGCAUUCACACAGGAGAGAAACCAUAUUCCUGCUCAGACUGUAGGAGGAGUUUUUCUGAACAGGGUAAUCUCAAAAAACACCAGCGCAUUCACACAGGAGAGAAACCGUAUUACUGCUCAUACUGUGGGAGGAGUUUUACUCAACAGAGUAAUUUCAAAAUACAUCAGCGCAUUCACACAGGAGAGAAACCGUAUCACUGCUCAGACUGUAGGAAAAGUUUUACUAAUCAUAGGAAUCUCAAACUGCACCAGCACAUUCACACAGGAGAGAAACCAUAUUACUGCUCAUACUGUGGGAGGAGUUUUACUACACAUAGUGAUCUCAAAAAACACCAGCGCAUUCACACAGGAGAAAAACUGUAUCACUGCUCAGACUGUGGGAAGAGUUUUACUCAACAGGGUCAUCUCAAAAAACACCAGCGCAUUCACACUGGAGAGAAAAUUAUCACAAAUUUGUCCCACAGCAAUUAAAAGCGCAAAUCUUAAAUCUUUAGAACAGAACACCUUAUCCUACACAAAUGUUUCACUUUGUCACUUGGGACACGUUCCACCAGAAACAAACAUGAACUGAAUUUAACAAUGGAUUUUACAGGUUCAGCAAAAUGACUCUUCAUGGAUGAUGUUUAUAGAAUUUAAUGUUAUGUUUUCUCGUAUGUUUGAUAUUUCAGGACAUUCUUCGUGAGACAGAGCUCAGUUUUAAGGGUAGUUACGCUAUGAGUUUAGUUCUGAAGAAGGGAAGGUCGUUUGAGCGAGGGCACUGCCAGAGCUUGCACCAGAUGUUAGAUUAGCAUAACUUAGUCUUUAAAAUUUAGAUGUCGUAGUUGUUAGGAGUAGAGUACGAUUCUUAAUUUUCUGUAAACAUUUCAGUGCUUGUGCUUAGAAGGUUUUGAAUGCAUUUAAUCUCUUUUCUAGUAUAUACAGACUUUAUUAUUUCCAUUCAUUUCUAGUAUCUUCGUUUUUGCUCUGUGUUAGUUCCCCAAGAUUAGCAUAGUGUAGCUUAAUGCUAUUAACCGACAGGCCCCUCUGUAUGAAAGGAGAAACACCACCUGAGGAACUCCAGAGCGUGCUCCCAAAAGUGUGACCCAGAGCCACAGAGAGACGACACUGUGCUAGGUACUGCCGUGUGGACCGGAGGAGCAUCCAGACCCGCAGAGAGGCCAACAAAAUCCUUUCCAGAGGUUAAAUAAAACGCUCCAGCUGUAGUUCCCAUACUGAAAUCAACCCCCUCCAGACAUGUGUAGCGCUGUAAGGUUGUGGGCUCAUUCACUCCCUCUGAUGGUGUUCUCAUUUGUCUAUGGUUUAGUCUGAUUAAAAAUCUGUUAGCAUAGAGGGAUAUAGAGGGAUAUUUGGUAGCGUUUUAAUACUCAAGUUUUAUACUCUCUUAUCAUUCCCUUAUUGAGUAUUAUAUGUUGUUGAAGUUUUUUUAUCCUCCAAAUUUACUAAGAAUAUCCAAAUCAUCAAGUUUCUUAAUAUUUUUUAUCCAGUACCAACAAUUAUGUUUGUGUUGCUUCACCUCUAUAUUUACUCAUCUCUGUGGUUUUAUAAACGGCUUUUAUAUUGCAGAUCUGCAAUCUCAUUGUGUUUUCUCAACAUAUGUUUGACAUGAAACCUAUAGGCCUGAGAUGAUCUUAUGUUAUUAUUUGUUAAAUAUAGUCCAGUGUGAAAUGGAUUUGGGUUGAA